GCAUUGCCGAUAGCCGACUUCGAUAUUACUGCGAUUAUAAAUCAGCUGAUUGACAACUUGGUUUACCUUUAUAAAGCACGUAUUUAUUGAAAUGUUAGCAGUUAUGUGAGUAGACGAGAUAAUUACAUACGAACUAUUGGCUAUGGUUAAUUGACAGCUGUAUCAGGAAAUUGGCAAGCACAGUAACUGAAGAGUCGAGUACAAAGUCCUACAAACAGAGCAUUCAUAAUAUGAUCAACCAACUGCCCAUAUAUGCCUGCGGCGAAAUCGUUCGAGGAUUCGGUCGAGGCUCCAAGGAGCUUGGGAUUCCAACAGCCAACCUGUCCCGGGAAGUGGUGAAGACGUUGCCCGAUUGCCUGCAAACUGGAAUCUACUACGGCUGGGGAAAUGUGGACAAUGGCGAUGUACACAAAAUGGUCGUAAGUGUAGGCUGGAAUCCAUUCUAUAGCAACAAGGAAAAGAGCGUUGAGACACAUAUGAUGCAUAAUUUUGACUGCGAUUUAUAUGGUAGAAUUCUGAAAGUCUGUAUUAUUGGAUAUUUGCGCCCCGAGAAGGACUUUGUUUCCCUGGACGCUCUGAUUACCACUAUAAAAUCUGAUAUAGAAACAGCAAAAGCGCUGUUGGAUAGUCCAGAAAACCAAAAGUUGCAAAGCGCAGAAUUUUUCAAGGGUGAAAUUAAGAAAUGCUGAAGCUUUAAUGUAUAUUAUCAAAAUACGUUGAAGAUUCACGUAUGUAUGAUAAUUACUCGAGUACUUAAGAAAUAUCUUGAUCUAGCAAUUAAAUGUAAUUACUUUCCUCACGUAAGCUGAUCGAUUGAUUGCCACAAGAGCCCUGAAGUGGUUUCCCCACUGAUAUUGUAUACCCUACAGUUAAUGUACAAACAUUUUAUAUUGAUCUAUUAAUAAAUUAGCAAACUUAACGUUGAAAGUGUAAAACAAAUUACCUCACAAUCAUUAAAGGCGCUCGUUUAUAGAUUUUUACUGACAACAUUUUAA